AGGCUUGCACCCUGAAGAGAAUUCAGAAACAUCCACCAGAAGGGGAUACGUUCAGCACAUCUGAUUCAACAACUUAUUAUGAGGAUGACUUCAGCUGUUCAGAUGAAAGUUCUGGUGAUGAUGAUGAUGACAGUGAACCAAUUCUUGGUUUAUGGUUUGAAGAGACUUUGGCUCCUGAAACCCCUCCAGGAGGCCAGGUAUCUCCAGCAACUGGCGAAGGUACAGAUGGUGCUGGGAAACAGACAUCUGAGAGAAAUGGUUCCAUUGUUCCAGAAAAGGGAGAACCUCAUG